AUGGAUUGUUCAGAGGAGGUUCCGUCUGUGUGCGAGGAGCCCUGCGCUCAGAUGGAGCUGAAGAUGGGGAUGUCGAUUUUCAUAGAUAUUUUGCGAAGAGCUGAUAAAAAUGACGACGGGAAGCUUUCCUUUGACGAAUUCAAGUCCUACUUCUCUGAUGGAGUCCUGACAGCUGACGAACUACAGGAGCUCUUCCACACGAUCGAUACCCACAACACAGACAACGUGGACACUGAUGAACUCUGUGAGUAUUUCUCCCAGCACCUCGGUGAAUAUGAGAACGUCCUCGGCGCCUUAGAAGACCUGAAUAAAUCGAUACUGAAGGCCAUGGACAAAACCAAGAAGGAGUAUCAGGAGUCCACCCACCUUGAGCAGUUUGUGACCCGCUUCCUGCUGAAGGAGACGACCAAUCAGCUUCAUUCGCUUCAAAGCUCACUCGAGUGCGCUAUGGAAACCACCGCUGAGCAGACUCGGCAGGAGAAACAAGGUCCUCUGAAGCCAGAGGUGUUGUCCAUCCAGUGGUCGGGUCGUCGCUCCAACCGGAGGCUCCAGAGGAACAGCAGCCUGUCGCCCAACAACCCGCUUCUUAGCCUUGUCAACUCAGGCGUUUAUGAUGAAGACAGCCAGUGGACGUUCCAGGUCAACAGACUGCAGAAGCUGAUCGACCGCCUGGAACAAAAGGAGAUUCGUCUGGAGCCGGCUGAGGAGGAGGAGGUCCUGGAGAGCAAAUCGCACAUCCUGAUAGUCCAGAGGCAGCUCUCCGUGCUGGAGGAGGAGCUGGAGGAGUUUCGUCAGGCUCUCAGACAGUACAUGGAGUGUGCCUGUGCCCAGACUGGAUGUCUACACAUCGCAGUUCAGCGGCUGGCAAAUGAAUCACGCUUCAUUCUCUACGAAUUCUGGGAGCACAACAACGUGUGGAAGAACCACCUGCAGACCAACUACAGUAAAACCUUUCAGAGGGGGAACGUGGACUUUCUGGAAACUCCUGAGACCCUAACCACCAUGCUGGUUCCUGCGUCGUGGUGGGUCCUCAACAACAACUGA